UCAACAAGAUAUCUAAGUAUUUUAAGUAUUUUACUUUGUGACCAAGUAGUGAGUUGGACAUUGUACAGUAUAAGAACAAACUUGUGGACAAACAAAGUAAUGGAGACAUUGCUUCUGAAUUCUCUCACACAGUGUCCUUUGCAUUUCUGUACCACGAUAAAACACUGCAAGAAAUGGGAAGGAUCAUAGUUCGUACAACACCGACCAUUCUGAGGGACAGUUGGCAUCCUGAAGUUAACUGCCAAUUUUAAAAACACAUGCAAAACUUAAGCCAUGUAAACAACAGGUGGUAAUGAUAACCUCAGAAAAUGGGACAAACCAUGGACAAAUGUCUGUCAAAUUCUUGUUGUUCUAUGUCAUGCAGAACACUGUCACUAUACCAACUGUCCGCUUGUUUAUGUCAGUUUACAUUAUGUUCCCAUUGGCUAUGCAGAUGCAAACAGCAAAAAAACGGCCUUGAAAAUAUUUAACUGUUGACCUAUCAUUUCACAACCAGUUGCCUGCCAUGCCAGUAAGUGCGCAAAUGAAAGAUGUAGCAUACCGUCAGGGUCCAUGCUGGAUUAAGAGUAACAAGGUCCACUGUAUACUGAGCCUGGCAUAGACUGGCAUCUCACGAUUAAGAGAUCAGAAGAGGUUAAACAGACUAAAAUAUUGCAGCCUAAGAAUGAAAAGCCACCUUGUUCAAUAGUUGAUUAAUCCAGUGAGCGUGUGUAAAGGACCACAUAGCUCAGAAUAACAGUGUGAUGAGAUGAUACUAAAGGAAGUGAGAGUUUUACUUCAUCUGAUGGUUUGCUUCAUGUUGGUUGUGUGGGUAGGUGCUCAUGGUCAGGUCAUACGGUCACUAAUGGACACACACCUGCUUCUCAGGUGGCAGUUUUCUGAUAGGGUGAUGUGGGUCAGAAGUGCUUCUGUGUGAUGUGUCCAUCCAGGUUUUAUGAAUGAUGUGCUGUGUUGAAUAUGCAGUCAACAUUGUGUUGCCCUUUAAGUAAGACCCUGACUUAGAAUCACAGCUCUGUAUACUGAGCGGCCUGUUACGUUUAUUUUCUGCCUAUUUUCUGUCACUUUAAAGAAGUGGGUCCAAACUUAUCAACUCUCAAAUUCUGCUCCAACCUGAGCAGCCAUACUUAGAACUUUAAUUUUGCUUUAGCCUUAAUCAGAAAGUGUCUUAUCUAAGAAUCUGUGUGAACCACAUUAUGAAACAUCAAGCAUUUCUGAGAUUUUAUGACAGCCUUAAACAAAGGUUACCUUCAGACCAUGUGAGCAACAGUUUGUUUCAUGCACACUAAUGUUUUUGGCCACAAAUUCUGUCUUCUCAAAUCAGUUUAAUGGGUAAAUAAACUGUAUUUAUAUUGCACUCUUCUUCUCUGACUGAUCCACCCAAAGAGCCAGCAUUUACCCAUUCACACACACACACAUUCAUACACUCGUGGUUGCCACCUGCUCAUUGGCUCAAACACCCACACACUGAUAGAAGAGCCAAUCAGGAGCAAUUUGGCGUUCAGGCUCUUUGACAUGAGUACUGCAGAGGCCAGGGAUUCAAGGUGACAGGAAUGUUUUAAAUGCGAGCAUCAAAGGUCAACAUAUUCACAGGUAGACUUAUCUGCUAGACAAAUCCAUGGUGUCUCGAGUGUAUGUACUCAGUGACUAAUGCAAGGGUAAGCCACAGAGUUGCCUCUCAUAAUUUUUCCUCAGACGUUUGGCAUCAGCAGGUUUGGUUUUUAAACACCAAUAGAGCCGAGUUCAUUUAUAUUAGUAUCUCUACAAAGAGGAAACAUGAAGUAAGAGAAACCCUUGGAACACACCACAUAUGUUGAAUUAAAUCAAAAUGUUGUGUAACUCAUGAAAUGUUGAAGUCACUAUGAUGGACUAUAUUAUAUAGGCAUCAUAUUCAUCAUAUAAGAGUUAACCAGAUCUGAUCUGAUAUAUAAAUAGGUAUAACCCCCCCCCCCUCCCUUUUCACUGUGUGUGGCAUUAUUCCAGAUUGACUGUGUGGAGCAAUGCCUGCUGGGAAGCAAGCUGUCUCUGCUCCACCUUGUCAGAGUCCAACAAACACUUGCCAUAAACACUUGGCCAAACACACCUAGAAACCCGUCAGACACACUCACAUGGGCUUAGUCACUGUAGCUCCUGCACUUACACACUCUGAAGCAUGCUUUAGGUAGUGAUGUUUGUACAAAACACACACGCACGCACACACGCACACACACACACAUGGUCACGUAUGUGGCUCCAUGCUUGGCCCUGUUAAAAAUGUUGAUUUUCAGCAGCUGCAUUGUUGAAUGUGAAUACAUACCACCCACAAUGUCACAUUCAGCCAACAGCAGGGCAGUGAGUGUUGGUGUUGAAACUGAACAUGCACACCCUUAUUUAAAAGAGUCAUCCUCUGAUAAGCAUAUUUGAAGGCCACUACUGAUAUGAGAUUCAACCACUUGGUGCUUUCUGAUUUUUUUUUUUUUCUUUCCAACCUUCAAAAACAAAGGGAUGGUAAACAAAGUAUUUCCUGUCAUUGAUUUCAAUCAGUGGCUCUGCCAACUGACAAAUUUACAGCUUCAUUAUUCACAUUAGUGCAUAGUCAUUGGUAAUUACAUCUAGUAGCAGAGCCUUCUUACUUGUGUGCGAGUUGGAUUCUUUCCAUGUUUGGUGCACAGUCAGUAUAUAAGCUAAUCCUUCUCCUGUUGAUGAUUGGACAGAUCUUCUGACCAUCUUGGAAAAAAAAAACAUGUCAGGUGCCUCACACUUAAUGUCUGAUCUGAUUCAUGAUCCUGUUUACGCUUCUACUGACCCACCAGUCUCAGGUGUAAAUCAUAAACUUAUGUAUGUACUUAGGCAAAGUUCUUCAGCUGCUUGUCUAGAUUAUAUUUAAUAUUUGAGCACACUGGGUGCUUUUAUUAAAUUAAAAGGCAAAUAUUUUGUUAUUGUGUUAAAUGUGUUUCUCAGAGUAAGGUAUGGGAAAAAGUUCUAAUUUGGUUGUAAAUAAGUAAGUGUAAGAGUUGGGUAAGUUUCCAACUUCUAGUCCAGUGGACAAGCUGCUAUGUGGAAAUGGACUGAACCAACAUUUGUCAGGUGUAGUGUUGAGAGAGAGCAAGCAGGAGAGUUGGGAUAACCUCAUCACCACAGAGUGCUGCUUCCCUCUGCUUUGUUGUGAUGUAUUAGUGCUGGGGAGCAUGCACACAGUACUGAACUGUCAUCAGUAUUGAGUUGGUACAGGUUUUGUUCUCUAACGUUAUUGUUACACUCUACAGUACUUCAGUGCAAAUACUCGUUUUGAUCCAUUACUGCUUGUCCUGUUAAAGGUACUGCAGUACAUUUUUAUUACAAAUCCACACACCCUGUAUCUGGUUUAAAUUAAAAGCCCUCUGGCAUAAAUAGACAAAAAUCCUUCAUUUCAUAACGGGGGCUUUUCUUGUGAAAUAGCAGAACUGUUGUUGUGAAAAAACUCACUGUUCUCAUAUGCACUUAAAAUGUGUCUCGGAUUUGAUGUGUUAGUUUCUUACAUUAGAAAACAGAGCUGAAACUUGAACAUCUUUUUAUUAUUUUUUUUUACGAUGCAGCAUGCAGAAUAUUUUUAUGUGGAUGGUUGGAGUAGUCUUUGAGGAUUCUGGUCUUACUUUCACAGCAGAAGGACAUGCUGAUCACAGACUUGCCAGCCAAGGUAACCUUUGUGGAGUUGUGUGAGGAGGUGAGAACAAUGUGCAGCGUUGCCAAGCAGCAGCCCAUCACGCUCAAGUGGAUCGAUGAUGAAGGGGACCCUUGCACCAUCUCAUCUCAAAUGGAGCUGCAGGAGGCACUUCGCAUUUACAAUAGAACCAAGAGGUCUGGACUGCUGCUGCAUGUAUUCCCCAGUAUCCCGGAGCGACCUGGCAUGCCCUGCCCCGGAGAGGACAAAUCAAUCUAUCGUCGUGGGGCCAGAAGAUGGAGGAAACUCUACCGAGUCAACGGGCACCUCUUCCAGGCCAAACGCUUUAACAGGAAAGCCUACUGUGGCCGCUGUAGAGAAAGGAUAUGGGGGCUGGGCAGGCAGGGCUACAAGUGUAUCAACUGCAAACUGCUGGUCCAUAAGCGCUGUCACAGACUCAUCCCUCAGACCUGCCAAAGGCUUAUGGAUCCAGUCAUGCCAUCACAGGAACCCCCUUCAGAUGCCAAGAGUGAAGAGGUGGACCUUCCACCAGAUGACACUGAGGACACAGAUGGGAUAUCCUUUUUACCACACAACUGCACGGUUGAUAAAGCAGAGGAUGCAGAUACACAGGACUUAAAAGCAGUAGUGGAUGGCAUUGAUGGCAUGAAGCUGUCCCAGGGCCUGGCUCUGGGGUUGGGUGACUUUGACCUGAUCCGAGUGAUUGGACGUGGCAGCUAUGCCAAGGUCCUGCUGGUUCGGCUAAAGAAGAAUGAGCAGGUGUUUGCCAUGAAGGUGGUGAAAAAGGAGCUGGUCCAUGAUGAUGAGGAUAUCGACUGGGUGCAGACAGAGAAGCAUGUGUUCGAGCAGGCGUCCACCAAUCCAUUCUUAGUAGGCCUCCACUCCUGUUUCCAGACAGAAAGUCGGUUAUUUCUGGUGAUCGAGUAUGUGAACGGUGGGGACUUGAUGUUUCAUAUGCAACGACAAAGGAAGCUUCCUGAAGAACAUGCAAGAUUUUAUGCUGCUGAAAUCUGUAUCGCUCUGAACUUCCUGCAUGAAAAGGGCAUCAUCUACCGUGAUCUGAAGCUGGACAACGUUCUCUUGGACCAUGAAGGACACAUCAAGCUCACAGACUAUGGCAUGUGCAAGGAGGGAAUCAGACCAGGUGACACCACUAGUACCUUCUGUGGAACACCCAACUAUAUUGCACCUGAGAUCCUUAGAGGAGAGGACUAUGGAUUUAGUGUGGACUGGUGGGCUCUUGGUGUUCUGAUGUUUGAGAUGAUGGCUGGAAGGUCUCCGUUUGACAUUAUCACUGACAAUCCUGACAUGAACACAGAGGAGUACCUCUUUCAAGUUAUUCUUGAGAAGCCCAUUCGCAUCCCAAGGUCUCUGUCGGUGAAAGCCGCCAGCGUGCUCAAGGGCUUUCUAAACAAGGAUCCUAAGGAGCGGCUGGGUUGCCAGGUCCAGACGGGCUUCACGGAUAUCAAGUCACACACAUUUUUCCGCAGUAUAGACUGGGACCAGCUGGAGAAGAAAGAGGUGACGCCACCCUUCAAACCUCAGAUCUCCGAUGACUACGGCCUCGAAAACUUUGACACGCAGUUUACUAAUGAACCAGUGCAGCUAACGCCAGAUGAUGAGGACGUCAUCAAGAGAAUAGACCAGUCAGAGUUUGAGGGAUUUGAAUACAUCAACCCCCUGCUGCUAUCCACAGAAGAGUCUGUAUGAAGGAGAGACCGGCUUCCUCCUUCGCCCACCUACUGUUUGUCCAAGCUGCCGUCUCAGCCAAAAACGACUUGCAAGCCAACUCUGAAAGGCUAGGAGGAGGAGGAGGAGGAGGAGGAGGAGGAAGAGUAAAGGACAGCAGGAAGGACAAACUCACCCUCUGGACCUGUCAACAGGGCAAAGCAAACAGGAGAAUGGGAAAGUUUUCUUCCUGGAUGAUUUAGAUUCUUUUGCUGGGGUACCAAACUCUUCUUUCUCGAUAUCUACAAGGAAAACAAAGACACUGGACUUCAAGAACAUUCCCUGUCGUUACGUUGUCUUCCCUUUUUCUUUUCUUUUUGUUUUUCGGCUUCUUUCCUUUCUCCCCUCAGAAUGUCCAUCCUUGUGUCAAAGCACGACCAGCUUUGUAAUUUGAACAGAGAGCUGUUUCAUUCUGUGCCUGCCAUCAUGAACACAUUUCAACCCUUCUCACGUCCCUGGAUCAAUAUGACAGUUCUGCUGAAGAACUAGAAAUUUUAUGUGCACUUUUUUUUAAUUUCUUUUUUUUUUUUCUCUCUAUCUUGUAAAGGGGGGAGGGACGGGGAUGCCUCACAAGAAACAAGAAUGUACAAUGACAAAGGAAAAACUAAGUUAUUAUUGUGUAUCAUAAUGUAGGUAGUGAAUCCAAAAUUGAUGAUGCCUUUUUAUUGAUGCAGGUGGCACAUUUUCAUCUGUAACUACAAACAUUUCUUUUUAUCCUUUAUGAUUUUCACAAUGGGGGAAAAAAAAAAACUAACCGGGAGAUGACUUUUUAUUUAAGAAGUGCCUCAAAGAUCGUAUUAAUUACCAUGUCUCUGAUUGCACUUGCCUCUUAUCGAACAUUUUUUCACCCAUCAUGACCAUUUGAAACCAGUUGGCUAGACUCUGCCAGGGAUGGGCCAAACCAUUCAAAUAUUGAGGGGAAUCUAUAUUUUUGGAGUCCUGACACACGACUGAAUCUUUUUUAUUUUUCAUGAAUAGGUAGAGAAUCUGUAUUUAUGACCAGUAGCAUCUGAGACAACAUCAGAAAUAACUACAACUGGUGGCUACAAGAUACUAAAUGCUCAAGGGUUAAAGCCUGGUGUAAAGAUAUUUAAUGGUGAGGAUUGUGUCCUGCUUAGCAAGCGUGUUCCUGCCACGUUAUCAUUCAGAUGGGUGUUGUGCAGCAGACAGCAUCCAGACAGUCCAGUAUGUGAUGAAACCCAGCAUGAAGGUGUAUAAUGGCCAAUCACAGUAUGGCAACUUCAGAAACACUUGACAUGAGCUGAAAAACAAAGUCGUUCAUUGGCUCCAGCCUCCACAGUGUGUACAGGCUUGCUGUCGAGCUCAGAUUCUUCAGCACCAGCUGCCACCAUCUGCAGCCAGUUGAAAGGAUCUCAUGACUGGUUGGUUGUGCUGUCUUACCCAUUUUGGCUCAUUGGUAGGUUUCUGUUUCUGUACUAAGGCUGGCUUUACACAAUGCAACUUAUAAAUAAAAUGACAAAAUGAAUCAGAUUAAGGUCUUCAGAGAACCACCAGAAAUGCUCCUUUAGCAUUCAAGGAUUUGAGUGGGCAGGCUGGUGUACUUGUUGUGUUGUCUUUGGACUGUGUCCGCCCCUUCAGGAUCAAGAACAGGGCUGGAUUAAAUGUACGCUGACGACAGAAAACUGUCAGAUAUCAAAGGUUGGCAUCAGAUACUUAAUCUGAUGUUUGUCAUCUUCUUUUUCAUUAUUUGGUCACAUAUGUCUUGAUCUAAAUCAACUCUUCCAACAUUAUACACAGGUGCGUUUAGCAGUUCUGUUAAAUAAAAAAAUGUUUAAACACUUUUAUAUUCCCUAAACAAAAGUAUCAGCAAAAUGUACUGUUUUGAUAUUUGUACUGAAACUAGAGUAUAUAUAUAUUAGAUGAAGAUCAGCCAAUUUAAUAACUGGUUAUUUGGAACCAGUGUACGUUAUAUAAAAUAAAAAUAUUAGUGCUAGUGUUUGGAAUAACUGCCAAUGGAAUGUACUGUAAAUACAAUUUACUCAAGUGUCAUAUUGGCAGGCAUUUUUGAGGUACUUGUUCUUUACUUGAGUACUUCUACUUUACAGAUUAAAAACACACACACACAAAAGAAAACAGAAUCUGAAAAAUACUGAAUAUGGGAUCUGAUAACUGUCAGGCCAAUAAUCAGCCUAUCCCUAAUCAGCAUUAAUAAUUAAUUUGUUAUUUAUAAUUAAAGUUGUUCAUUUCCAGUCGUAAUCAAGAAUUGGCUUUGCGCCAGUCAGAAUGUUCUGGAUUGUUGGUGCAACAGUUGCUCAGUGUAAAGCCAGCCCAGCACGCGAUGGCCAGCGCUCCAACAUCAGCGGUUUGGAGGCUCAGCUUGCCAAGCCGUUAGCUCAUUUCUGCACUGUUCUGAUCAAUCAAAGGGUUUCCAAAUUAGAACCUUUCAUUUCCCCAGGCGCUGGUGUGUAGUGUGCGCAAAAACAAUAAGAAGCCAUGAGUUUAUUUAUACAGUGAAAUAUUUGCCUGUUUCUAGUUCAUGCAACUUUAACUUCACACACUGCCACAUUUAUACGCAGCGACAGACAUACGCGUAACUCCAGUUAGCAGCCUCGUGCUGUUGAAAGUCUGGGAUAAAAAUCAAACUCGUGCACAACACACUGGUGAAUAUCAGGACAGAAAGAGUAGAGAAAGAAUGCUUCGCCUCUGAAACGAGCUUAGUGUCGAGCCCUUCGUCUCCGCGCUCAUCAUUGGCUGAGAUUUAUUUGAUGAUAUCAGAUCCGUGCUAAUUUGAUAACCACAUAAUAGGAUUAAUUAGCUGAUCCUGAGUCAAAGGGUCGCAAUUAGCUGGAGGGCCCUUACAGGCAGGGGAGAAAGAUAGAGAGAGGAGAGAUAAUGAAGCAGUAGCACGGUCACUGAUUAGUCCCCUGCACAUGUGCCCGCACACACACACACACAUACACACACACACACACAGAAGGCAUAGAAAUCACUUCAGCAUUCGAGGGAGCUUCCUCUUCCUGAACUCCAUCUCAUUUGCUGCAUUUUAUUAUUUUCAUGUUUUGCCAAACUACUUACACACCAGGUUUUCUUGAGGGACCAAUGAAUGAACUGGGUGUCCUUGAAGCCACAGUACAGAACAGUGAAGGCCAUUGGAACCUCUCAGAGAAAGAGAAGCUCAAAAUGAAUGAAACUAGUCCAUGAUCUUUUUUCCUAACAUAAUGCUGGUUGGAUAUGCUUAAUUUUGCUUCAUCGCACCUUUGUAAAUAUGUGUAAUUAUUAAAAAUGAUACUGUUUUUUCCGUGAA